ACACAGAAAAACGGCUCCCGUCGGAGGCCGACUGGUCGCCGCGAUCGCCCUCUCCGCGGACUCGCCGGCCGGGCGCCGCCGAGCUGGUGGCGGGCGGAGGGCCGUGGGCGCCAUGAGUCAGAGGCAGGUGCUGCAAGUGUUUGAGCAGUACCAGAAAGCCCGGACCCAGUUCGUCCAGACGGUAGCGGAGUUGGCGACCAGACCCCAGAACAUCGAGACGCUGCAGAAUGCAGGUGUGAUGUCUUUGCUGCGGCCUCUUCUUCUGGAUGUGGUCCCAACAAUUCAGCAGACUGCUGUGCUGGCUCUGGGGAGACUGGCUAAUUAUAACGAUGACCUAGCAGAAGCGGUUGUGAAAGGCGGCAUUCUUCCUCAGCUCGUUUAUUCAUUGGUAGAACAGAAUCGGUUUUACAAGAAAGCAGCUGCCUUUGUGUUACGAGCAGUUGGUAAACACUCCCCUCAACUAGCUCAGGCGAUAGUGGACUGUGGAGCACUGGAUACACUGGUUGUAUGCUUGGAAGAUUUUGACCCUGGAGUCAGGGAGGCUGCAGCCUGGGCAUUCAGCUAUAUUGCGAGACAUAAUGCAGAACUGUCACAAGCUGUGGUGGAUGCGGGAGCCGUUCCUCUUUUGGUGCUCUGUAUCCAGGAGCCAGAAAUUGCUUUGAAAGGGAUUGCUGCUUCGGCCCUUAGUGAUAUAGCAAAGCAUUCUCCAGAGCUGGCUCAGACAGUGGUGGAUGUGGGAGCGAUCGCUCACUUAGCCCAGAUGAUCCUGAACCCUGAUGCUAAAUUGAAGCGUCAGGUCCUUUCCGCUCUCAGUCAGAUCGCAAAACACUCUGUGAAUAUGGCAGAAAUGGUGGUUGAAGCGGAGAUUUUCCCUGUUGUACUCACGUGUCUGAAGGACAAAGAUGACUAUGUGAAGAAAAAUGCUUCCACUUUAAUUAGAGAGAUUGCAAAGCAUACACCUGAGCUUUCGCAGUUGAUCGUGAAUGCAGGAGGAGUUGCUGCUGUGAUCGACUGCGUCGCAUCCUGCAAAGGGAACAUCAGGCUGCCGGGCAUCAUGAUGCUUGGCUACGUGGCGGCUCAUUCUGAGAACCUGGCAAUGGCUGUCAUCAUCUCCAAGGGUGUGCCCAUGUUGUCAGUCUGCUUGUCGGAAGAGCCAGAAGACCACAUUAAGGCUGCUGCCACCUGGGCCUUAGGACAGAUUGGGAGACACACUCCCGAGCACGCCCGGGCUGUCGUGGUCACCAAUACGUUGCCUGUUCUGCUUUCUUUGUACAUGUCAACAGAAAGUUCUGAGGAUCUUCAAAUAAAAAGUAAAAAAGCCUUAAAGAAUAUCCUACAACAAUGCACCUAUUUACCAGCUCUUGAGCCAUUACUGUAUGACGCUCCUCCCAACAUUCUGAAGCAUGUGGUUGGACAGUUCAGUAAGGUGCUGCCCCAUGACUGCAAAGCUCGAAGGCUUUUUGUAACAAGUGGUGGACUUAAAAAGAUUCAAGAGAUAAAAGCAGAGCCUGGAUCUCUCCUUCAGGAGUACAUCAACAGUAUUAACAGCUGUUACCCAGAAGAAAUAGUAAGGUAUUACUCUCCUGGAUAUUCAGACACACUUCUGCAGAGAGUGGACAGCUAUCAACCACUUACUCACUGAACAAAGUUAUAAUUUUAUACCCAAAUUCAUAGAAGAAUGUCUCAAAAUAGUUGAACAAAAUACAUUCUAGGUUUAUUCAAUGGCAAAUAUCUUUGGAUUAUAUUUUCUAAAUUUAGGUAGUACUUUAAGAAUUAGUGGCUUGAAUAUAUGUGGAACUAUUCGUGGUAAUUGGUAUUGGAUUUGUUCUAAAGGUAAAUUUUAAAAAGAUAUUAAAGAAUCUUAAGGCA